CAUGUGUCACUUCUGAAACAAAAGCAGUGCGCGCGGCACUUUAUUACACCCCCCCCGCGCCGUAAUCUCGGCUCGCGCGCAGAAGCUGAGCUCCAGCUGAAUAAGACACGGGACUUGACGCUCCGCCGAACCGCCGUGAAACCGCGGGAUUAUCCUCCUCAUCCUCCUCCUCCUCCUCUGUCUUCUCCACCACUGCCUCCUCCUUCUCCACCGCCUGGCUUUUAAACUUGUUUCUUGUUUCUCUCCGGGUUCGGAGCAGGAGUGGCCUGCGACUAAAAGCGGUGGCUUUUUUCCUCUCACAACGGAUCGCGUUUCGUUUUCCUGUCAGGAGAGAACCCGAGCCAAACAACUGUCCUCGAGCGCACGUUUUUUCCCGCCUCUUUUUCUUUUCUCGGGGAACGGUGAAAGAAACAGUUAUAGAGAGAGAGAAAGAGAGAGAGAGAGAGAGAGAGAGAGACGGGGGGAAGAGACAGAUAGAGAGAGCAAGAGAGAGAGAAAGAUUUCCGAACUGAGGAAGAAAUAAAAAUAAAAAAAAGUGUGCACGAGAGUGCGCGCGAGAUAGAGAGAGGGAGAGAGUGCGCGCGCGCGCGGGUGAGAGAGAGAGAUAGAGGGGAUGGAGGAGCAGCCGCGGUUGAUGCACCCUCACGGGGUGGGCUUGGCUGGACACCCGGGCCUCACGCACCGUCCCCCGGACGUCACCUCGGGAAACGACGGAGACUCGCGGAAACAGGACAUCGGAGACAUUUUACAACAAAUUAUGACCAUAACGGACCAGAGUCUGGAUGAAGCUCAAGCCAGGAAACACGCUCUGAACUGUCACCGCAUGAAACCUGCGCUCUUCAACGUGCUGUGUGAAAUUAAAGAGAAAACAGUGUUGAGUAUUCGCGGCGCACAGGACGAGGAGCCUCCCGAUCCUCAGCUCAUGCGACUGGACAACAUGCUCUUAGCGGAGGGCGUUUCCGGACCCGAGAAAGGAGGCGGGGCAUCGGCGGUUGCCGCAGCCGCCGCGGCCGCAGUGGGAGGCACCGGAAACGACAACUCGGUGGAGCAUUCGGAUUACAGAGCCAAGCUGUCUCAGAUACGACAGAUCUACCACACGGAGCUGGAGAAAUACGAACAGGCAUGUAACGAGUUUACGACCCACGUGAUGAACCUGUUGAGAGAACAGUCUCGCACACGUCCCAUCUCACCCAAAGAGAUCGAGCGCAUGGUCAGCAUCAUCCACCGCAAAUUCAGCUCCAUACAGAUGCAGCUCAAACAGAGCACGUGCGAAGCCGUCAUGAUCCUGCGCUCACGCUUCCUCGAUGCCAGACGAAAGCGGCGGAACUUUAACAAACAGGCCACAGAGAUCCUGAACGAGUAUUUUUACUCGCACCUCAGUAACCCGUAUCCCAGCGAGGAAGCGAAAGAGGAACUGGCCAAGAAAUGCUCCAUCACCGUCUCCCAGGUGUCCAACUGGUUCGGGAACAAGAGGAUCAGAUACAAGAAGAACAUCGGGAAAUUCCAGGAGGAAGCUAACAUGUAUGCCGCCAGAACAGCCGUGAACGCAGCUAGCGCCUCUGCUCAGGGCAGCCAGGCCAACUCACCGUCCACUCCCAACUCCGCCGGUUCUGCUGCGUCUUUUAACAUGUCUCACUCCGGCGAUUUGUUCAUGAGCGUUCAGUCUCUGAACGGGGACUCGUACCCGGCGCCGCAGGUGGGCGCUAACAUACAGUCACAGGUGGAUACACUUCGCCAUGUUAUCAGUCAGGCAGGAGGAUACACUGACGCUCUUGCUGCCACUCAGCUCUACAGUCCACAGGGCAUCAGCGCCAACGGAGUUUGGCAGGACGCACCGACUCCAUCGUCCGUAACUUCACCUACAGAAGGACCAGGAAGUGUCCAGUCUGACACGUCUAACUAAAACACUCACACACACUCACACACUCACACACACGACACAACACACCAGUCUCUACACACCAUCACACCAUCUCUCUCUCUCUCUUUCUCUACUGCAGAACAUUUGGAAUAAAAAAAGGAAACAAAAAAAAAGAAGAAAGAAAGAAAAAUAGUUCGAAUGUUUUUCACUCGUCUCUGAGAGUCCAGUUGGAUAAUUCAGUGACCGAUCACGAUUGCAGACCCCUAUUGUUCACUUUUAUUUCUUUAUUCUACCUCUGAGAGAAAAAAAACAAUUCAUAUGUAAUGAAAGAGCAAUCUUUAGUUUCUGAUGAGGAACUCAUCUCUCUCUCUCUCUGUCUCUCUCUCUCUCUCUGUUGUGUUUUGAGUGGAAAUGUUUUUAUUUAUCGGUACGUUGCGUCUCUCUGUUUCACCUUUCAUCUCGCUCUGUGAAGUAAACAGAUCCCUCACUUUUUUCCUAAAUACCACUUGUGUACUUUAUACAGAAUGGACACGAGUUUAUAUUUUAUGCCCCUGAGAAAAACGAUCAAAUUUAACCUCUUUAAUCGCUCGUUCUUUAAAACCGCGUCAGAAGAAAAGUCCUGCGUGUUUGUCGGCAGAGAUCUACGUUUUUUUAUCCGCUGCUAACUGACUCAGAAAUGAAGUUUAAUGAUUCUCCGAGCCCGAGCUGCGACUGGAAUAAAAGUUCAUGAAUAUUUAAUGAGUGCGAGCGGUGUCAUCCAAUCACAGAGCGUCGUGUCCGAACCUCAUGUAUAAUGAAUCACGCUUAUUAAUGAGGAGAGUACGGAAGACAUUUAUUUUCCUUUCUUUCUUUUUUUCACUGCAGGAGACGUUAAAAAAAUCACCUAAGGUCAUGUAGCUACUCGAGUGAAACGGCGACCAAGAUCUGAAAUAAAAUUCUCUAAAAUAAAAAGAGAAUUCUGCUUUAGCUGGAUGUGGGAAAGGGGUUGCUAUAGUAACUGAGAUUUAAAAAAUUCAACUUGUGCAGAAUUAGCCAUGCUGAUGGACUUAGCUCGCUACGUAACGUAAUGAAAACUUGGCACAUAUGAAGAACGAGGGUCAGGAGGUAAAACUCCACACCUCACGUGAUGGAACAGUCCUCUCGGUUUGCCAGUUUGCUCUCGGCUCUGAGAUCAGACAAAGGCACGUUUCUGAUCAGAAAUUCGUUUUCAUUCAAAAUGAUUUUAAACAGAAAACGGAUGGAGAAUCGCUGCAGGAUUUUCACGUGGUGCAGUUUCUCUUGUUUUAAAUAGAAACGUUGUAAAAACGUUGCCGAAGCGUUAGCAGCCGAUCCCACUGGACAGCCACAGAGUCACUGGACGCUCCUCAUCCUCAGAUCACAGGAUUAUAUCUGAUCCGGUCAGUCGUUUUUCUUUCGCUAGGAAUAAAUUCAUAUAAAAACAACAACACAAACACCACAAACAACAACACAAACACAAUGUCACUGAUUUUAUUUGCACUCAUUUCCUUUCAGACCUUUUUUUUGUUAUUGUUUUUCUUUUAAAUAAUUAUGUCUCCUGUAGCAGAAGUAUUGCUGCGUUAUUGUGUGUGUGUGUGUGUGUGUGUGUGUGUGUGUUUACCUCUCUGACCUGUUUCUCAGUGUAACUGAAUGAAAUGUUUCCUUCUUUGUUUCAUCUCUUUGUGUUUGUUUGCACAAAAAUCCCUGAUCUCUGUACAUCAUGCAAAAAAUUUUUAUUAAUCACUUGAUUUUUUUUUCUUUUUUCUCCACGUUGGUGAACACUCGCGCCCAAGUUCCAGCGCCGUUUAAUUUUAGCGUUUUUCUUGUUUUCCGUUAGCGUACCAUGCGUACUGCUACUCUAACUAACGAUUCUGUAUCAUAUAAACUUCUCAUGCUAACUUGUAACAAGUUAAUUCCAGCUACUCGUCUAACAUUCCCACGUUUUUCGCUGCUCAGCAUGCUACAUGCUAGCGCUGGAUGCUACGUCAGUGUUAGCGUGGUCAGGAUAUAAACGUUCGAACGUUGUUGUUAGGAUUAUUUGUGUAAAUGCGUGACACUUUCUAGCGAUCUGGCGUGUUUCUGGUGUGUUAGAACUCCAAAUUCCACUCAGAAUUUUCGAUAAAUGAAUUUCAGAAAAACUUCUGAAAAGAAAAAAAAAGCUGAGGUCAUGAAGGUGAAAGGAGAAGCUGACAGGAAUCUCAGCGUCCGGGUCUCAGCUCUGUUCCUCUUUCUGUCCGAAUUAAACCCCUCACCUGGACGAGACGAUUCACCGAAGGGGAAAGGACACAAGAGCAGAGCCAAUAGAAAAGAAGUAGGCGGGGCUUGGUGCUGUUUGAUCUGAUCGGACACAAACCUUUAGCCUUUUUUUAAACAGCUGCUUGACGCAUAAGCGGGGGUGGUGGGGGGUGGAGUCAGCAUCACAUCCACAUGGAGUCUAACAGAAACAGCUACAGGACAGAGAUCUGAUUCUCCGUAUCGGAUUAGACAGAAAACAUCGGAUCAGAUCCUGCAGAAGUCUUUUGUUUAGGAUUAAGAGAAGAAUUUUAUUAAUGUUAUUAUUAUUUAUCGUAGAAUGAUUUACAAGUUCUGUGUCUCCUAAAGAGUGUGAAGCAUUUAUUAUAAAUAAUUCUAACAUAAACUUGUGUGUGUGUGUGUUGUUUUAUCCUGACUCGCCCUCAGCUAAUGUCGCGUCUCUGCCUAAUUGGCGUAAACAUUAUCAGGGGAAAAAAAAACCCCGAAUAGUUAGAAGACGUAUGGGCAUCGGUGACGACUCGGGUAACGAAGUUUGUCUUCUGUACAUUGGAUCAGAAUCCAGUUAAAGGGGAAGUCAUUACGUUAAUGCGGUUAGGACUUUAAGUGUAAGUGAUGGUUUUGCAGGUAAAACUCGGUUAAAGAGGACUUUUUGACCUCCAUGAACUCGGGGAAAGUAAAAAUUCAAUUUGUUACGGAAUUCCUGACGUGUUUGCGUAUCCGUGUGUAAACCGUGUCACGAUGUCAUUAACAAGCCAGCGCAUUCGGGCGGCGCCUCAACACGGCUGCCCCGACUCGACUUUUUUAAAAGAACGUAGUCCGCGUUUAUCGCAGCGUAAAUUAAAAUAACGUUUAAUAAAAGGAUUAAUAUAAAUGUGUCACAUUUCCGGUUCUGCUUUUAUUUUAGUUUUGAAUGUUUUAUUCAUUUGGUAUCGUGACCCAUGAUCGAGUGUUAAACAAAACAUCAACUCUGCCAAUUUUUCUGGCUAUUUUAAUAAUAAUUCCAGCUUCAUUUCUAAACUAAUCUACAUGCGUAGGUGUUCUGAAGACGUCGGGGUCUCUGGCGGUUCCUCUUACUAAGUGGUGUAUAUUUUCUGCUGAAACAGAUCCCACUCUUCACCUCCUCACUGAACUUCUCAUCCACGAACCCUGAAAAAGCUCCAUUCCUUUCUUUUCUUUUGUCUGUUUUUUGUUCUUUUGUUUUUUAAUCACAGAAAUGUUUCACACAUCUGUCUAAAAAAACUGUUCAUCUUCAAUAAAUGUCGUAUUAAUCACAGA